AUGUCAGAGCACAGCAGAAAUUCUGAUCAAGAAGACACCCUCAGUGAGGAGCUUGAUGAAGAUGAAAUCUUGGCCAACUUGUCCCCUGAAGAACUGAAGGAACUGCAGUCGGAGAUGGAGGUCAUGGCCCCCGACCCCCACCUUCCUGUGGGCAUGAUCCAAAAAGAUCAAACCGAUAAGGCCCCCACAGGAAACUUUGACCAUAAAUCUCUCGUCGAUUACAUGUAUUUACAAAAGGCGUCUAGACGCAUGCUGGAAGAUGAGCGAGUUCCCGUCAGCUUUGUGCAGUCUGAGGAAAACACUCAAAAACAGCUUGAAGUAAGAGACAAAGGGAUUAAAAACAUGCCCCAGUUUUUAAAGGAAAAGCUCAAUAGUGAAAUAGUCACAAAUAAAAGGGAAUCACAUGGGAGCAACAAUGCACAAGAAACAGAAGAUAAUGAUGAAGGUGAAGAAGAUGAAGAGGAUGACGAUGAAGAGGAUGAAGAUGAGGAGGAUGAAGAUGAGGAGGAUGAAGAGGACCAAGACGAUGGACAAGGCAAACGAGAAAACAAUGAAGCAAAGGAACAAAUCCACAACAGUAUAGGCAAGUGCCAGCAGCCAACUAAUAAAGUGCUGGAAGAGCAAAAAGAUGCAGCAGAGACCAACGAAAAAAGUGAAAAGAAAAUAGCCAAAUUAGACCCUAAGAAGUUAGCUCUAGAUACCAGUUUUCUGAAGGUCAGUGCAAGGCCUUCAGGGAACCAGACAGACCUGGAUGGAAGCUUGAGACGAGUGAGACAGAACGAUCCCGACAUGAAGGAACUCAACCUGAACAACAUCGAAAAUAUCCCUAAAGAAAUGUUACUGGACUUUGUCAAUGCGAUGAAGAAAAACAAGCACAUCAAAAGCUUCAGUUUGGCCAAUGUCGGUGCAGACGAGAGCAUAGCAUUCGCCUUGGCCAACAUGUUGCGAGAAAACCGGAGCAUCACAACGCUCAAUAUUGAGUCGAACUUCAUCACAGGGAAGGGCAUCGUGGCCAUCAUGAGGUGCCUCCAGUUCAACGAAACGCUCACUGAACUUAGGUUUCACAACCAGAGGCAUAUGCUGGGCCACCACGCCGAGAUGGAAAUAUCAAGGCUCCUGAAGGCCAACAACACUCUGUUGAAGAUGGGCUACCAUUUCGAGCUUCCGGGUCCCAGAAUGGUGGUAACUAAUCUGCUUACCAGGAACCAGGAUAAACGGAGGCAGAAAAGAAAAGAGGAGCAGCAGCAGCAGCAACUUAAAGAGCAGAGAAAGCUCAUAGCUAUGUUGGAGAAUGGGUUGGGGCUGCCGCCUGGGAUGUGGGAGAGGUUGGGAGGACCCAUGCCUGACCCCAGGAUGCAGGAGUUCUUCCAGCCUUCACCUGGGCGGCCCCUCCCUUCUCAGGAAGUCCCCUUUGGUGGAAGGAAGGAAAUGAUCAAACACCCGCCCCAGCCUCCACAGUGCAAGACCGACCCAGACUCCUUCCGGGUGGUGAAGCUGAAGAGAAUUCAGCGCAAAUCUCGAAUGCCGGAAGCCAGAGAGGCGCAGGAGAAAACCAACCUCAAAGAUGUAAUCAAAACCCUCAAGCCAGUGCCGAGAAACAGGCCACCCCCGCUGGUGGAAAUCACUCCCAGAGACCAGCUCCUGAAUGACAUCCGACACAGCAAUGUGGCCUACCUAAAACCUGUGCAGCUGCCAAAGGAGCUGGCAUAGGAGGCAACAGAAUCAUCUAGAAGAGCAAGAUCUGCGCUGCAGGCUGGUUCACUGACACUUUGAGUGACGGAAGUGGGAACGUGGUUCCAUCCAGGCUGGGCAUGGAUUGGGCCGUGACAAGACACAGGCAAAAGAGGAAGGGAAGGAUACAGAGUAUCUUUGUUCAUAGGCAACAUGUUCCUGUUCUAAGGGUUUGGUUGCCUUGGGUGAAAAUUGUAGAGGGAUGCUUCUAGAAGCAGAAGAA